CAGGCCUGCUGCUCAGCAUGGCCGUGCCGCUGUCGCUGCCCUGCACGGCGCUCUUCUUCGCCGUCAGGCACGCCGUGGACCAGCACAAUCUCUGUCACAACGUCUACAUGUCCAGCUUCGAGAGCGAGGGCACCUUCGUGCCCCGAGUGCUGCACUACGUCCGAUUGAUCGUGGCGACCUGGUGGUUCUUUAUGGGCUGCGUCACGCUGUCAGGCGCCAAGAGGGCGAUCACGACGAUCACCAACAUGAGCGACGAGGAUGCAGCUGCCCGCGGUGGUCGCGGGCCGUUGCAGGUGAUUCCAGAUAUUGUUACGUAUUUUGCUACCAUGAUGGUUCUGUUAUCGCUGAUGAUGUUUAUUCACUCGUUCUGGACGCUGCUGGAGUCGACGCACCUGCUCGCGUGGGAGGGCAUCAAGGCAGUGCUCGAGAAGGAGCAGGCGCACAUAUUCGACCUCAUGCCCGUCCCCCAGGACA